GCUUACGGGAGCGGCGGCGGCGCAGCUUGCCGUGGGCUUCUCCGGGGCGUGGUCUCGGGCUUUGCCCACUCCACCCAGCGACGCGAUCCACGAGCACCCAAGGGUGGGGGAAAGAGGGGGACGUGGAGAGGAGGGGAGGAGGGGGGAGCUCCCCAGCCGCAGCCCAGGAAGACCUUCGGGACCCAGGCGGCCCCAGCGACGAUGGGGCUGGAGAAAGAGAAAGCGGACACCAAGAUCUUCAUGGAUGAAUACGGCUUCAACCGAAGCAGCAGCCCCGCUCUGUCGGACGCGGAGAAGAGCCUGGAGAAAACCCCGGACAGGGACCCGCGCGGGAUUAACACGCAUCUGAAGCUGGGAUUUGCGGAUGUGAUUGCGGAGCCGGCGUCCACGCACUCCUUCGACAAAGUCUGGAUCUGCAGCCACGCACUCUUCGAGCUCAGCAAAUACCUGAUCUAUAAGAUCCUGACGCUCUUCCUUGCGGUCCCCUUGGCCUUUGUGGCAGGGAUCCUCUUUGCUGUGCUCAGCUGUCUGCACAUCUGGAUUGUGGUUCCUUUCACAAAGUCCUGCCUUAUGGCUUUGCCCUCUGUGCAAGCUGUAUGGAAGAGCGUGACAGAUGUUUUCAUUGCACCGCUAUAUCACAGCGUAGGAAGGUGCUUUGCAUCAGUCGACAUACGCCUUGUCCAAGAGUGAACACCUGGGAACUAACGCUACUCUAGUCUUAAACAAUGUUAAACCUCCUUGCUGAAUAAUUCAUUCCAAAUUACUACUGUUUAAAUGGCUGACUUUUGUUUUUACCUCUUCUUCCAUCAGGGUUGCACUUUUCUGGAAGCAAAGCUUGCUUUGGGAAUGGGGAAAAAUUGUUAAGAAAAAAUGAUUCCAUUUUCUAAAUGAAAAAUAACAGGCUGCAUUUGGCAUCACUUUAUUUUAAUGGUACUAUCAUUGUCUGGUCCCCACAGAUGUGUCAUGGGGACUUACAUGACCACAUCACAUAUGCCUGCCCAGACAUGUAUUACUACAAUGAAUCCUAACUACAAGAAGUCACUGUGCACUGUAUCAACUAAAACGGUAUCUAUUGUAUUACCCAAUUUCUUUGACAGCUAAUACCUGGCCUAUUUUAUGCAUGUUUUACUAUACAGCUCACUCUCAGAAUUCUAAAUGUAUCCAGAAUAUUGUUUGUUACUCCUG